AUGAACAAAUUUAUCUCUUUUUAUCUUCUCUUCAUUUUCUUCCUAUGUUUCUCUGUUACCACCACCAACUCCCUAACGCUUCCACGGUUGAGUCCAUUUUCAGAAUCGAAAACUACUGAGUACCAAAACACUAAAACCUUCAAUUUAAAUGAAGACAUGCAACCAUAUUUCUAUGAACAGACUUUGGACCACUUCAACUAUCUAUCAGAUAGCUACAAAACCUUUAAACAAAGAUAUAUUAUAAAUUUCAAUUAUUGGGGUGGUGCUAAUUCUAGUGCCCCAAUAUUUGCUUAUUUGGGUGGAGAAGAUGACAUUGUUAAUACACUUGGUUUUAUGACGGAUAAUGCCACUUCUUUUAAAGCUCUACUAGUAUACAUUGAGCACCGGUACUACGGGAAGUCAGUGCCCAGCUUUAACGCAUCUUACGGCUAUUUAAACUCAGCACAAGCCCUUGCUGAUUACGCAGAAGUUCUGCUAUAUUUGAAGGAUUCACUACAUGCACAAAAGUCCCCGGUGAUUGUGGUUGGGGGAUCAUACGCUGGAAUGCUUGCAGCAUGGUUUCGGCUUAAGUAUCCCCACAUUGCCAUUGGCGCCCUGGCUUCAUCAGCUCCACUGCUCUACUUUGAUAACAUCACACCAGCAAGUGGUUACAAUGAUGUUAUUACAAGGGAUUUCCAGGAAACCAGUAAGACAUGCUACGAAACUAUACGAAAUUCUUGGUUUGAAAUUGAUGAAGUAGCAUCUAAGCCAAACGGUCUUAACUUUCUAAGCAAGAAAUUCAACACUUGCUAUCCCUUGGAACAGCCUGGUGAGUUGAAAGACUACUUGGGGAACAUGUAUCAAAAGGCGGCACAAUACAAUGAUCCCCCAACUACAACUAUUUGCGAGGCCAUUGAUAGAGCUUCCUAUGGAGAUGAUAUCCUCAGUAGGAUAUAUGGAGGUAUGGUUGCUAGCUAUGGAAACAAAAAAUGCAAUGUUAAUCCAGAUAAAUAUACUGGUGCAAAGCCAUUUGAUCGUUGGAGAUGGCAGACGUGCACUGAAAUUGUGAUGCCUAUUGGCAUAGGAGAUUCUUCCUUGUUUCAACCUAAACCUUUCAACUUCACGAGCUUUGCUGAAAACUGUAAGAAAGAUUUUGGUGUCCAACCUCGCCCUCACUGGAUUACCUCUUACUACGGAGGUCAGGAUAUUCAAUUGGUUCUUAAGAGGUUUGGGAGCAACAUCAUUUUUUCAAAUGGCCUAAGAGAUCCAUAUAGUAGUGGGGGGGUUCUCAACAAUAUAUCGGAUAGUCUUGUUGCCCUGCCUACAGUCAAUGGAUAUCAUUGCCAGGAUAUUGUGCCUGCAAUUGAAAGUGAUCCAGCAUGGUUAGUUCAUCAAAGGAAUACAGAGGUUGAGAUAAUCCAAAGCUGGAUAAAAAAAUAUUAUGAUGAAGUUAAUAUAUAA